UCUGGCCCAGAUGAAGAGGCUAUCAGUGGUGCUGGAUUGCUGUAGACCACAAGGACAGCGAGACAAGAACAUGCAGACCAAUGGAGAUGCAGAACAGCCUGAGACCAUUGUUGAAAGGAUCGCAAAUGGGAAGAGUUUCAAGAGGGGGUCAGAUCUUAACCCACAUCAAACAACACAUAGUGGACAAAAGCCAUAUCAGUGUUCUACAUGUGGGAAGGGUUUCAAAACCAGCAGAAACCUCACUGUACAUCAGAGAAUACAUACUGGAGAAAGGCCAUAUCACUGUUCAGAGUGUGGAAAGACUUUUGCUCAAGCAGGUAACCUCAAGACACAUCUGAGGAUCCAUACUGGGGAAAAGCCAUAUCAGUGUACUAGAUGUGGAAAGAGUUUCAGAACCAACAUAGAGCUCACUUUCCAUCAGAGAACACACACUGGAGAAAGGCCAUAUCAGUGUUCAGUGUGUGAUAAGACUUUUGCUCAGUUGUCUAAUUUCAAGACACACCAGAAAAUCCACACUGGGGACAAGUCUCAUCACUGUUCAGAUUGUGGAAAGACUUUCACUCAGGUGGGUAAUCUCAAGAGACACCAGAGGAUGCAUACUGGAGAAAAGCCAUAUCACUGUUUAGUGUGUGGAAAGACUUUUACCAAUGCAGGUAGUCUCAAGACACAUCUGAUGAUCCAUACUGGGGAAAAGUCAUAUCGGUGUACUGCAUGUGGGAAGAGUUUCAGAACCAACAGAGAGCUCACUGUCCAUCAGAGAAUACAUACUGGAGAAAGGCCAUAUCAGUGUUCAGAGUGUGAUAAGACUUUUGUUCAGUUGUCUACUUUAAAGACACACCAGAAAAUCCAUACUGGGGCAAAGUCUCAUCGCUGUUCAGAGUGUGGAAAAACUUUUACUCUGUUGGAUAUUCUCAAGGCACACCUGAUGACGCAUACUGGAGAAAAGCCAUAUCCCUGUUCAGAUUGUGGAAAGACUUUUGCUCGGUCGGGUAUUCUCAAGGCACACCAGAGAAUCCAUACACGGUAGUCCUUCGCUAGAAAGUCUUUUGUAAUUAAAUAUUAUUAAAUGAUGUAAUUUCCAGGUACAUCAGAGGAUCCAUU